AGUUUAAAAUUCAGAGUCCAUAUAAUUUAGUAGUGGUUUUGUGAAUAUCAUAUAUAUAAAAUGGAAUCAAUUAUCGCAACAAGCUGUAAUCAUGGGUUUUAAUACAGAUUGCUCACAUUUUGAACAAAGUUUUUAAUGGACUUACGAAAAUAAAAAUUUAAAAAAUUUCACAGAAUUAUUUUUCAGCAAACAAUCCAAGGCAAAACAUUUCGUAGGCUGAACGUUAUAGACUCAAGUGAUAAUUACUACCGCAAUUGCAUCAACAAACUGUGCCAAUGAAAGGCCAUGACAGUUUCAGUUAUAGCUACAAAUUCCGACGACGACUUCAUUGGCGCAAUUGCGUGUAUACAGAAAUAUUAGGCACUACCAAUUGAAUGUUGUAAACCGUGAACAUUCCGCUCAGAAUUGUAUUACAUACAAUUAUGUUGCACAAUGAACGUGCAUAGAUAUCAGCAUCAACUACAGCACAAAUAAACAAAGUUGUAGCGACAACAUCAACAUCAACAUCAACGGCAACUAUAACCGUAAUAUUGAAAACUAUAACGAUACCAAAUAUGGAUGCCAUUUACAAUAAUAACUUAAAUUUAAGUCAAUCUACAUCAUUUGCUUAUGUUGCCUCCGCAGCGGCGACGGCAGCUGCAGCAACAGCAGCAGCAAGCACUAAUGUGGCAACAACGUAUUCAACGCAGGAAAACAUUUCCUUUGCUUACGAGGAAACGGAAGACAAUGCCAUAAAUCGUUCAUUACUGUUGACAACACUUAGUACAACAGCAACAGCGUCGGCAACCACAACAACAAUUACAACAGCAUCUACUGCUACGGUUACGGCAUUGGCCGAAGCUGAAUGGUCACAUUUCUAUGAUCUCAUAUUAUCCUGGCAAGGAAUUUGCCUGAUUGCAGUUUUCUGUACUUUUAUUGUCAUUACAAUUAUUGGUAAUACGCUCGUCAUUUUGGCUGUAAUUACAACUCGUCGCCUCAAGACCGUCACAAAUUGCUUCGUAAUGAGUUUGGCAGUUGCAGAUCUAUUGGUAGGCAUUUUUGUGAUGCCACCCGCUGUGGCGGUACACUUAACUGGCUCCUGGCAGUUGGGUUGGGUGUUGUGCGACAUUUGGAUAUCCUUGGAUGUGCUCCUGUGUACAGCAUCAAUUUUGAGCCUUUGCGCCAUAAGCGUGGAUAGAUAUCUAGCAGUAACACAACCUUUGACCUAUUCGCGUAAACGACGGUCUAAGCGAUUGGCUCUUAUAAUGAUACUCAUCGUAUGGUUAUUAGCUUUAGCUAUAACCUGUCCACCAAUGCUGGGAUGGUACGAACCCGGACGACGUGACUUGAGCGAAUGCCGUUACAAUCAGAACGAAGGAUACGUUAUCUUCUCCGCCAUGGGCUCAUUCUUUAUACCCAUGGCCGUAAUGAUAUACGUUUAUGCAAGGAUUUCCUGUGUGAUUGCGUCACGGCACGAUAAUAUGACCGAUAUAAGUGUACACAACAAAAAAUUCAAACGCUACACUUCGGCAGAUGUGGACAAUGACAUUGAACAUGACCUCUCCGAACAGGAUCACAGUUCAAAGAAACAGCAAGCUGCACGAACAUUCUCUAACCAAACAAUAGCCAAAGAACUACACGAACUAAUGUUGUCAGAUGCAGAGAACAGUGGCGGCACCGCUGGCACACAUUGUCAUUCGAUGCUUGCACUCACCACAGCGAAUACAAAAAAUGGUUGUUACGAAUUAACACGUCCGGCAUCUUUGAAGCGCACAUCUACGGCAUCUUCAACGAUGACUACAAUGACAAGUGGUUGCGGUAUUGCUGGCAGUGGCACAGGUGGUAACAAUACACUUGGGCUCGAGCAACACUGGUCCUUUAACGCUCAACAGCAACAGCAACAGCAGCCACAGCUGCAUGCAACGCAUCAAUUAACACGUCCACAUAGUAUACGACAUCAUCAUUUACACAUCAACACAGCUGCUGUGCACACCAGUGGCAGCACUGGUCAGCUUGCAACAUCACCUAACAUGCAAGACACAACCAUUUUGCGUCAAACACGAGUUCAUCAUCAUCACUAUCACACUAAGUCACUCUCAAAUCGCAUAUCAUCCCUGAAGAAAGAAAACAAAACCACUCAAACGUUGAGCAUUGUUGUGGGUGGCUUCAUUGCUUGUUGGCUGCCGUUCUUCAUUUGCUACUUAAUUACGCCAUUUCUAGGCGAGCAUAAAAUAAGUCACACGUUAGCCAAAGUACUUACAUGGCUGGGUUGGUUUAACAGCGCCAUAAACCCUUUUAUUUAUGCAUUUUACAGCGUUGAUUUUCGCGCUGCCUUCUGGCGUCUCACCUGCAAGCGCUUCUUUAGCAGCUCGAUGAAACCGCAAUUUCCAACGAAUACAAUGUCGAUAAGGCGAUAGUUGACAACAAAAACUGCAAGUGUUUACGAGUGAAAGCCAUAAAGUUUACAGCGAGAAAAACGCAGUCAAAAUACAGCGAGAAAAGAACAAAAUUAAUUAAAUUAUUUAACAAUAGAAAUUAAGUUAAUUACAUGAAAAUGCACCUUUUAUGAUUUCUUCACUGUUGCAUUUGGGUGGGAAAGUGUGAAGAGAGAGAGAGAGUACAGCUGCAAUAAAAUUCAACAAAAUGGAUUCCAGUGAUAAGCUAGACAUCACUCCAGAACUAAACGCUCACAAUGCAUUACAGCCGCAGCAGAUUUUUAUGCAUUCAUCGUCCGCUGAUAGCACAUACUUCUGGCCAGCUUCGGUUCCCUUAAAUCAAGACAGCCAUUCUAAUGAUCAAGUGGAACAGUCUGGUAUUGGACGAAUUCUGUAUAAUUUGCUAGGAAAGUGUCGUGCAGCUCAUAGUGCUAGACAACGUCACCAAAUAUUUGACAAAAAUCGUAUUGGCCUCGAUUAAGACUUUUAAAAACAUCCAAAAUUCGAUUUUCCUGAUGAUAUGCAGAAGUACGUGAUAAAAAUACUCAAUAUUCGAAUCAACAAUUUUAAAUGGGUUUGUGUAUGGAGUUAAGGUAACGUUUGCUGCGUUUUAUUGGGAAUUUAAAUCUGAAAAUUAUUUUUUUGAUAUUCGUUUAAAUGUUGGUUAUUAUAUUCACUUGAAAUAAAAUAAUAAAAUUGCAUUUUAAUUAAAUAUCUCAUUACUGCUAGCUGCAUG